AUGCAAUCUCAAGCAGCAGCGCACAAUCCAAAUACAAGCGCAGUGCAGCUGGACAAGUGGUCGCGCGAGCUGGCGCCGCUGUCUGAUGGAGCGAGGAGCAGCGUAAACACCUUGGCCGACUGGAUCAACAAGUCGUUGAAUGGGCACAAGCAGGAUGCGGGGGCAGCGGGGGCACGACAGGGCAGAGAGAAUGGUCAGCAAGAUGCUCGCAUGGACAUCUCACAGCGCACUCCUCGCCCUUCUUCGCCCGCCCAAGAUAGCGCGACAGCACAGCCACAGCCACAGGCACGCACGCACGAUUCGCUGGCCAGGCCAAGCUUGCCCACCGCUCCCAUCUCGGACGCUUCGGCAUUUCUCAGCUGGUACAAUGCUCAACAGUCUCACAUCGCCUCUUCAUCCUCUUCCCAUCAUCAAGACACCAUCAGAGCGCUUGGUGAAGCGCGCGAGCGGGCAGACGAGACGCUGAGCCAGCUCGAAGCUGCUAGAAUUCACGUGGCCGAGUUGCGCGCUGGAUCCAAGUUCGUGCAAGAGGGAAGCGAAGGGUUGAGGGAGGAAGCAGAGAGCAUGGCGGAGCAAAUGGUAUGUAUGCGCUGUAUGCGUGCGUGCGGGCGCGCGCGCGCGCUCACCAACCCCACAUUUACGCGUGACCCUCGCUCAGGAUCACCUGUCUACGCUGUCCGAUGAGCUCGCCUUGCGACUGUCUUACUUUGCCAUCCUACCAUCAUCCACGACGUUUCUCUCAUCUCCUUCUCUCUCCCUAGUCCUCUCUCCCGACUUUCUCUACACUCUCGAUCGACUCGAUGUCGGUCUGCAGUUCCUGCGAGCUCAUCCAGACUAUCACGACGCCGCAGUCUACAAGAUGCGAUUCGAGCAUUGUGUAGUGAGAGCUGGCCAGCUGAUACGUCUGCACGUCACUAGCACGUUCAAGUCGGUAGUGGGCGAGACUUUGGUCAAGCUGAAAGAGUGGGAAAAGAGCAGGUGGAGCAAGGCGGCGGGGGAGAAGGAGACGCAGGAUCAGAGCGCGCUGAUGGUGAGCUGGGAAAGGAUGCUCGAUGGAUGACCGGUUGCUGACCGUGUCCAUGCUCUUUCACCCACACAGGACCUGGGCGACCCAGUCCUGCACACGCUUCUCUAUGACCGCUUCAACGAAGAAGCUCAGCAGAUGAGGCCUCUUCUGCUGGAACUUGAAAAGCGUUCUGCGCCCUCUGCGCCCGCCGCAGCCUCGCUCGAUGUCUCUGACCAGGAGCGAGACAAACAACCACCCAUGGAUGAAAGUGCGCUUCUGGCUGACUACGCGGCCAAGGCCAAAGUCGACUCCACGGAAGGCGAUGCGACCGAGCUUCAAGAGGAGUCUUCGUCCGCUGCAGUAUUUUCGGCCCCCGAGUUUGAUGCUAUGCUGGUGGAAUGCCGCACGGCCUACUUUGAAGCACGUCAAACGCUCCUCUUGGGUAUCGUAGGCAGCUGUGUGGCGCGAAUCGAGGCUGCUGCUCAGACUCUGGCUUCUGCGACGGCCAGCACCAGUCGAGCUCACGCGUCCCUCUUGCCGCCCCUGGUUCGACAAGGCUUAGCAUUCCUGGCGCCAGUGUGCGAGUCGGAGCGAUCGUUGUGCGCGCGAUUCUUUGCCACGCAGACUGCUGCAGAGGCAACCUUUCUCUCCACGCUUUGCGGACCCCUGCACGAUCGAGUGUGUUCGCGUGUGCAGCGAGAAAACAAUGUGGCCAUCGUUUCUCAGGUCUGCGUGGCCCUUCUGGAACCAGUAGAUCGCUUGGAACACACUGCGCUGCUCUCUCCGCUCAUCAGGCCGAUGCUCAAAGAUGCUCAAGCUCAGCUGUCCAUGCGAGCCAGGACUCUCUCCUUGGGUCCCGAAAUUGCAAACUUCAAGCCGAGCGCAGACGAUUUGGACUAUCCUACGAAGCUUGGAGGAGCGGCUGCUGCGGCGCAUCGACGUGCGCAGAGCAGCAUUGGAGGUGCUGGGCUUUUGGAGGCUGCUGCAGAGGCUGAAGCUGCUCGCAGCAGAGGUGCGAGUGAGGCUAGCAGAGACAGCAAGAUGGGACUGGCGCGCGCGCAGGAAGGCAAGGCUGCCACCACGUCCGUUCGACUCUUUGCUUCGCCAGCUCCUUCGGUCGUGAGGACAUGGUAUACGCCCGUCUCUCGCACGCUCACCAUGCUCUCGCUACUUCACAUUGCCCUGCCCACCAAGCUCUUUUGCGAACUGGCAAUGAUCGCAGUAGAUGGUUGUCGACAUGCCCUACUGCACGGUGCAGAGAAGAUGGGGAGCGAUGGCAAUUCCAUCAUGCCGGGCAGGAUAGGGGCGACUGGACGUAUGGAUCCGCCAUUGUUCUUGCUUCGCCAUUUCUUGCUUCUUCGAGAAAUGGUGGCGAGCGUGGAACUGAGCACGAGCGCUCAGGGCCAAGGCCAAGCUGAUCGCAUGGCCGUAGCUUUGGGCGAUGGGAAUGCUGUGCAGCAUUCUACCAGCGUCAUCGAUUUUGCACUGCUCACUUCCGUCGUCAAUGCUCUGUGGGCCACCACUAGCGCUCUGUUGGACCCUAGAGGCUUGCUGCGCGGCUCUGCUACCGUCGACGAAGAGCCUGUGCUGAAUCGCACACCCACACCUCGAUCUCCUUCCCGACCUUUUGACGCGGCUCAGAGCGAAGCUUUGACUCGACUCGAACAUGCCAUCAAGAGCGCUUCGGCGCAGCUGGUCGACGUCAUCUCUUCCAGCGUCUGUCUGCCUGUGCGCGUAUUCAUGGACCAGGCACGACGGGCCAAAGUCGCUCUUCCCGCUUCCGCUUCGCCCACCACGUCCAGCAAGAUGAGCGCGGACAAGAUCAAGGGCGUCAAAGAAGCGUUUGACACUUGUGCAAGGACGACGCUUUCGCAGGUCAAGCUGGCUCUGGCGGCGUACAUCGAGGAAGAAAGGGUCAUCGAUUCGCUCGUAGAGCCUAUUCUGGUGAGCUGGUGGACCGUCUGCGACGCUCGACGCUCGACUGCCGCAUGCAUCAUGCUCCAGCUUACGCGCGCGCACUCUUCAUAUCCCCUCGCGGACGCGCUCCGCUCGCACGCACUGCAGACUCGAAUCGUGCAGACUUAUCAAGCUUUCGUCGACGUGGUGCAAGAGAACACUGCGAACGCAGCUAGCGAGCAACAAGCGCCAAAACUUGCCGCCGCUGAAGAAGUGCAAAGGGAGCUGCGAAAGCUGAUACAGAGGUAA